AUGAGACGGCUCUGCCUCUCUGCAGCCCUUCUCUUCCUCCUGGUUAUCCUGGUGGACAGCACCCCGCUGAAUAUACACCAUAUCCAGGAUGAAGGUGUGGAGACAAGCCAUGGAAGGGGACCUGAGAAGCGUUCAGUAAUAGAUGUGGUUACAAGCAUCAUCGACGGUGUGGCUACAGGUACCAAGAUUGUCGAAAAGGGAGCCAGUAUACUCACGGGAUUGGCUGAAAUAAUCAAUAGAGCAAUUAAAGGUCAGGUGAUGAUUUCCAGAAUACAAUUCGAUAACCAUACACUAGAGGAAUUGCCAACACUCAACGUUGAAUACUCAACACUCACUGAGAAUAAAGGUGUGGAGACAAGCCAUAGAAGGGGACCUGAGAAGCGUUCAGUAAUAGAUGUGGUUACAAGUAUCAUCGAUGGUGUGGCUACAGGUACCAAGAUUGUCAAAAAGGGAGCCAGUAUACUAACAGGAUUGGCUGAAAUAAUCAGUAAAGCAAUUAAAGGUCAGGUGAUGAUUUCCAGAAUACAAUUCGAUAACCAUACACUGGAGGAAUUGCCAAAACUCAGUAUUGAAUACUCAACAAUCAGUGAGGAUAAUACAGGUGUGGAGACAAGCCAUAGAAGGGGACUUGAAAAACGUUCAGUAAUAGAUGUGGUUACAAGUAUCAUCGACGGUGUGGCUACAGGUACCAAGAUUGUCAAAAAGGGAGUCAGUAUACUAACAGGAUUGGCUGAAAUAAUCAAUAAAGCAAUUAAAGGUCAGGUGAUGAUUUCCAGAAUACAAUUCGAUAAUCAUACACUAGAGGAAUUGCCAAAACUCAAUAUUGAAUAUUCAACACUCAGUGAGGACAAUACAGGUGUGGAGACAAGCCAUAGAAGAGGACUUGAGAAGCGUUCAGUAAUAGAUGUGGUUACAAGUAUCAUCGAUGGUGUGGCUACAGGUACCAAGAUUGUCCAAAAGGGAGCCAGUAUACUAACAGGAUUGGCUGAAAUAAUCAGUAAAGCAAUUAAAGGUCAGGUGAUGAUUUCCAGAAUACAGUUCGAUAACCAUACACUAGAGGAAUUGCCAAAACUCAGUAUUGAAUACUCAACACUCAGUGAGGAUAAUACAGGUGUGGAGACAAGCCAUAGAAGGGGACCUGAGAAGCGUUCAGUAAUAGAUGUGGUUACAAGUAUCAUCGAUGGUGUGGCUACAGGUACCAAGAUUGUCAAAAAGGGAGUCAGUAUACUAACAGGAUUGGCUGAAAUAAUCAAUAAAGCAAUUAAAGGUCAGGUGAUGAUUUCCAGAAUACAGUUCGAUAACCAUACACUAGAGGAAUUGCCAAAACUCAGUAUUGAAUACUCAACACUCAGUGAGGAUAAUACAGGUGUGGAGACAAGCCAUAGAAGGGGACUUGAGAAGCGUUCAGUAAUAGAUGUGGUUACAAGUAUCAUCGAUGGUGUGGCUACAGGUACCAAGAUCGUCAAAAAGGGAGCCAGUAUACUAACAGGAUUGGCUGAAAUAAUCAGUAAAGCAAUUAAAGGUCAGGUGAUGAUUUCUGGAAUACAAUUUGAUAACCAUACACUAGAGGAAUACCAAACACUCAAGAUUGAAUACUCAACACUCAAUGAGGAGAAUAAAGCAGCUUCUAUGCCUGCCUUCUGCCUGGAGCCUAAAGUAACAGGUAGCUGCAAUACCAUGAUGACCAGGUACUUCUACAAUGCCCAGACUGGCCUCUGUGAGCAGUUUGUGUAUGGAGGCUGUGAAGGAAAUGCAAACAACUUCGAAAAAUUAGAGGACUGCAUAAAGACCUGCUCUCAAGAGGCAGGGUCCCUAUGCUACAAAGAACGAAACCAGUUUGAUUUCAGUGCUGACCAUUUGUUGAUGUCCAUGUGUAAAAUUGUCUCUAGUGUUGUUGAAAAAGGACCAAACAGUGAUGACCAUCCUCUAUUUGACCAAGAUCCUCCCACCUUUACAGCCCUGUGGCCUGACUUCUGCCUGCAGUCUCCACACACAGAUCCCUGCAAGGCUAAAAUAAGCAGAUACAUCUAUCACACCAAGUAUGGGAUCUUCGAGGCCUUUGUAUUUGGCAGCUUCAAAGCAAAGAAGAACAAUGUCAAGAUGGAGGAAGACCAUCCUGACCCACAGUGGUGCUAUCAGGGCCUGGCCUAA